AUGAGAGUCAGCGCAGAGUCGCGGCAGAGGGCGCGCUUCGGCCGCCGCCAGUCGGGCGCCGACUCACCGACACUUCGGCCGCCGUUCGCCGAAGAAGUGGACCGAAUUAGGGCCGAAGAAGUGGUCGCAGAGGCGGAGAGCGAGCGACGCGUCGUUUUGGGCCGUAAUAUAUCGAGAAUGACCUCUUCGGCGGCGAUCGACGCCUUGGAUGCGUUGGUGAGCGCGACGACCGUCCAGGAGGUGCUCCGGAAGUACGAGCGGCUGCAGGAAGGGCUGUCUUUGCGUCCAUUCGUCGGUCAAUUGGAGUUCUUUUGGAAACUCAAACAAAAACUCGUUUCAAAACAAUUGCAGAAAUUCUCGAAGAUUUCGGCGAUUCUUCAGAAACUGGAAAAACGCGCGCAAAACAGACAAUACCUCGGAAACCGUGCGCUCGUCGGUCAGCGCGUUCUCGUCAUCGGCGGCGGGAUUUCCGGUCUUCGCGUCGCCACAGAACUCCUUCUUCUCGGCGCUUCCGUGCUUUGCGUGGAGAAGAGGAAUCAGUUUACGCGCAAUAAUGUGAUCCACUUGUGGCCGAACGUCAUCUCCGAUAUGAAGAGUUUGGGCGCAAAGCGCUUCUACGGCCAGUUCUGCGUCGGCGCCAUCGAUCACAUCGCCAUCCGCGCGCUGCAACUCAUUCUACUGAAGAUCGCGCUUCUUCUGGGACUCCGUUUCCGUCCGAACAUUACUUUCCAAGAGCUCUGUCCGCGACUUCUCGCCCAAAAAGACGGCGUCUGCGCAGACGCACAACACUGCGACUGUUGCUGUCAUUCGCACGGAUUCGGCGGUCAGUCACGUGUCCUCUCAUUACUAUAA